AUGCCAGCUCGUAAGGACCAUCAAUUCCGCUCUCAUGUUUCCUAUUUAACCAGUGUGCCUACUCCACAGGUCGCGUACCCGGAGUUGGCAGUAGACCCAGAAGUACUAUUGACAUUACUCUUCAGGGUAGCAUCGGAGGACCUAGCAGUGCUCAUACAGAGGCUUGCCUCAGAACUGGGACCACCCUAUUGGAAAUUGGUUUUGAGUUCCAAUGUGUGGUAGCGCCAUAUGGUGGAAUAGGUGGAAGGGUCAUGCUCAGAAUUAGUGAGUCCUCGGGAGCUGGCCAUUACCGGAAUGCAACUUUGAAUCUCUCCCCCGGGCGCGACCGAGUCCCCGUGUCAUACCAGCAGGUUCUAGAGUUCACACCAUAUGAUAUCGUCCUAUGGCUCGAUCAAAUCAGCUUUUUUCCACACUUCGGCCCAGUCCGGGGAGCCCGCAUCCGUAACCAAUUCGUUCGCAGCAAUAUUUCGGGGGCCGAGAUUGUUGAGAAGGGGUACAAUAUUGUCUGGUGCAUGCAUCAUUGGGAUCGAGAUCCGGGUGAUGCUCUCUGCACUAUAGUCAUGUCACUCUAUAUGGACUCCGGUAUGUUGGUGGUGAGGGAUUUCCCGACAUAAGUGCUAAUGUCUUGUUAGGUAUUCCAGUGCCAAAACGCUGCGUAGAGCUUUAGGGUAUUGGUGAAUGUAAGGGAGGAUAAAUCAUAUGAUACAGCAGUAUAGGAAACUUGCUUUAACAGGCCUUAACCGAUAUCGAGAUCCUGUAAUAGUGGUAUGACCAUAACUUUGUUUGCCUUUUCAAUUUCUUACCCAAA